AUAAAAAUGAACCUGGGUUUGGAUGGAGUAAACUUCAGGAUUUGAUGCGAGAUAAAUUUUACCCUCCUUCACUUAGGAAGCAGAAGGAAGAUGAAUUCCUUCACUUACAGCAAGGUACAAUGAGUGUUUUGGAAUAUGCUAAUAAGUUCAUGGAGCUUUCAAGGUUCGCACCUGAGCUAGUAGCUAGUGAGCAGUCAAGGAUGAACCGCUUUGAGCGAGGUCUUCAGCUCAAAUAUCAGGAUAGGUUGGCAUCUCAAAGGUUCACUUCAUAUCAGGAUAUGGUUGAUGUUGCCGUUAAUGUGGAACGGGUAGUAUUGCUUCGAGAAUCUCAAAAUAGUAACUUUAAAAGGAGGAAUGAUGGAAGGAGUGAUAAUCCAGGAGGAGCAAAAAGGCCGAAUCAGGGUUAUCAAGGAGGCCAAAACUUUAGGAGGAAUGAUACCAAUCAAUUCGGUUACAGAGGACAAGGAGGCAACAAACACCAGAACAACUAUAAGGCAUCAGCAAACAGAUCCCAAGGGUGUACUAAGUGUGGAAGAAUGAGUCAUGUAGCAAAUGAGUGUCGUAUUGGCACAAACACUUGCUAUCGGUGCGGAAGCCAUGAGCAUUAUGUUCGAGAGUGCCCAAAGCCACCAGGGACCACCAAUGCCAUAGGAGGGACUACUUCUGGUGGUACUGACCGCAACCGAAGCAGCAACAAUGCCGGAGCAUAUCGUAAUCCACCACGACAAGCACCAACAGGAAGAAUCUAUGUCAUGAGGCAAGAUGAAGCUGAGAAUGAUGACACUGUUAUUACCGGUACCUUCUCUAUCCAUUCUUUGCCUGUCCAUGUUUUAUUUGAUUCUGGAGCCUCACAUUCUUUCAUUUCCUCCAUUGUUUGCCAAAAGCCUGAACUUGCAACCAUCAUGUGACUUUUCCUCUCUAAAUGUUGCCCUACCUACUGGUGAAACUGUGAGAUGUAGAGUCAUGUAUAGGAAUUGUCCAAUUGUGUUGGGGAAAGUUGAGUUUCUAGUUGACCUUGUAGAAUUUGAGUUAUCUGAGUUUGAUGUGAUUUUGGGGAUGAAUUGGUUGACUAAAUAUGAGGCUGACAUUAAUUGUGUUAAGCAGAGUGUGACCCUUAAAGCACCUGAUGGGCGUAGAAUUUCAUACCAAAAGUUUGUGACAAAACCUCAAAUCCAAAUUGUAUGGGUUGAGAGCUCAAAAGAUGCCUGAGUUUGACUAUUUUGGGUACCUUUGUAGUGUCAUAGAUGUAAAUUCCCCUAAACCUUCCAUAGCUGAUAUACCUGUGAUUUGUGACUACCCAAAUGUGUUCCCCACGAGAUACCUGGUAUGCCUCCACGAAGAGAAUUAGAUUUUAGCAUCGAGAUAAUCCCAGGAGCAGCCCCCAUUUCCAAGGCACCCUAUAGGAUGGCCCCAACCGAGUUACAAGAAUUGAAGAAACAAUUAGAUGAGUUACUUGAAAAAGGAUAUAUUCGACCGAGUGUGUCACCUUGGGGAGCGCCAGUUUUAUUUGUGAAGAAAAAGGAUGGAAGUUUAAGGUUAUGCAUUGAUUAUAGGGAAUUAAACAAGAUCACCAUUAAAAAUAAGUACCCAUUACCCCGCAUAGAUGAUUUGUUUGAUCAACUUCGAGGUGCAAAAGUCUUUUCGAAAAUAGAUUUGAGGUCUGGUUACCAUCAACUUCGUAUCAAGCCUGAGGAUAUUCCAAAAACUGCCUUUAGAACCCGGUAUGGCCAUUAUGAGUUUGUUGUUAUGCCCUUUGGGUUAACCAAUGCACCAUCUGUAUUUAUGGACUUAAUGAACCGUGUCUUCAAGCCAUACCUAGACAAGUUUGUGGUUGUUUUCAUUGAUGAUAUUUUAGUGUACUCUAAGAACAUGGAGGAACAUAAGGAGCAUUUGAGGAAAGUAAUGGAGAUGUUAGUGGAAAAUCAAUUAUAUGCUAAGCUGUCAAAGUGUAAAUUCUGGCUCAAGAAGAUAUCAUUUUUGGGACAUAUUAUUUCUGAAGAAGGAGUGUCGGUGGAUCCUGAGAAAAUAAAAGCAAUAGUGGAGUGGCCUAGACCAACUAAUGUUCCUGAAGUUCGGAGUUUCAUGGGAUUAGCUGGCUAUUACAAAAGAUUUGUGCAAGAUUUCUCUAGAAUUGCCUUACCCAUAACCAAACUUGUGAGGAAGAAUGUCAAAUAUAAGUGGACUGAGGAGUGUGAGACUGCCUUCCAAGAACUUAAAAGAAGACUCACCACUGCCCCUGUUCUUACCCUUCCAUCUGGAACCGAGGGAUUUGUUAUCUAUAGUGAUGCCUCCAAACACGGGUUAGGUUGUGUCUUAAUGCAAAAUGGGAAAGUGAUAGCAUAUGCCUCUCGCCAACUCAAAACACAUGAACAAAAUUAUCCCACCCAUGACCUUGAACUUGCUGCUGUUGUCUUUGCCCUCAAAAUUUGGAGACAUUA